AAAUGUACCGUUCGUAAAGAACCUAAGGGUGUGGUUUUGAUUAUUGGUGCAUGGAAUUACCCUUUACAUUUACUUAUACUCCCAAUGGUAGGCGCCAUUGCAGCAGGCAACUGCGUCGUUCUGAAGCCAUCUGAAGUCGCCACCCACUCUUCUGAGUUCAUCGCUAAGGUCAUCCCUCAAUAUCUCGAUAAGCGCGCAUACAGUGUUGUACAAGGAGGAGUAGAAGAAACUACAGCAUUGUUGAACGAGCAAUUCGAUCAUAUUUUUUACACAGGUAAUGGCCAUGUUGGAAGAAUAAUCAUGGCUGCAGCAGCAAAACACCUUACCUCUGUAACACUGGAGCUUGGUGGUAAAUCCCCUGUUGUUGUUGCUCCAGAUGCCAAUUUAAAGGUAGCAGCUAGCAGAAUUGUAUGGGCUAAAUACUUUAAUGCAGGACAGGUUUGUGUAGCUCCUGAUUAUGUCCUUAUCGCAAAAACGCAUGUUGAAGAGUUUAUUGAUCACUGUCGAAACGUGAUUAAAGAACGAUUCGGCAACAACCCACAGCUAUCUGAUUCUUAUGGUCGCUUGAUCAAUGAGCGACGUUUCAAUGCUAUUCAAAAUCUAUUGACCGAAACCGAUCCCAUGAAGAUACUAGUAGGCGGGCAGACGGACAAAGAAGACCUAUACGUAGCACCUACUAUUGUCAGCCCCGUUGAACCAAGCAAUUCAACUUUGAUGAACGAAGAAAUUUUCGGACCUAUUCUACCUAUUGUACCCGUAGAUGAUGUAGAUGAAGCGAUCAAUAUCAUUAACUCAAAGAUAAGGCAACUGAGCUCAAGAAACACACAAUCAGGUGGUGUUGUCGUCAAUGACUUAUUAAUGCACAUUCUUGAACUUUCUAUGCCUUUCGGUGGUGCAGGUGCAAGCGGUAUGGGUUCUUACCAUGGAAGCAAAUCAUUUGAUACUUUCACGCAUGAGCGUGCUACUAUGAUGGCACCAACUGGACUAGAGAGUGCAUUGAUAGCUCGAUAUCCACCUUAUACUGAUAGCAAGAAUGCCUUGUUUUCCUUAUUGACAUUGGGUUUACCCAAAGGCUUCAUGCGCAAGGUGAAAUCAAUGUUUGCUGCCAUACAGGCGGCCCGGAAUAUUUACUGGUCCGAAAACACAAACGAUAUUGACGAUAAGAAGAAUAAGCUUUAA